AUGACACCAGACCCUGAGGCGGUACAAUCAACUCCGGUGCCUCAGAUCUCGAAGUCUCAGAGUUUUUCAACCAUGGACACUGCGGCGGCACAAUCAAUUACGGUGCCGAAAUCAACCAAAGUCUGCAUCGUUUGCUCUUACUCAUAUAAAGCGGCGAGGUCGUACGCCGUAAUAAUCGCCGAUCUGCAACUGGAAGCAGGCGGCGAUGUUAGUGAUGAGUCGUUCGUCUCCAUUCGCCCCACGUUUCUCAUCGAUAGAGACUCUUUCGACGGCAGCAUCCACACUUUCUGCGUUCUCAAUUCGACUCUGUACAUGAUCGAGCUGGGCUUCCGUAGAGGCGGCGGCCCCAGGCGAGGAAAAUCGGUAUAUACCUUGGAUCUAUCGCCUUACCUGAAAGGCGGCGGCGGCGGCGGCGGUACGUUGGGUAAAGACGUGCUGCUGGCCGCGCCGGAAAUGCUGCACCCCAAAUUGUUUCCUUUCGCGACCCCCACGCCGGAUGGAAAGAGGAUUGUGGUAUUUUCAUCUAUGAUGCCCUUUAUCACCGAUAAUCCUGAUGAACAAAUCGACUUCGAGGUGUACGAUCCCAAAAAAAGGGGCGGCUAUCCAUGGCGAAAGCUCCCGUCUUUACGGGAUAGCCUGCGUGGGAUGCCGCGCGAUAUUGAAAUACUAGGAUUCACGUUCCUCACGAACUCCAAAAUGCUUUUCCGAACCACUGUAGGAAUUUUCGUAUUUGAUAUCGAUGUGCCGGUGUUGGGUUGGUGUAAGGAGGAUUUAUAUUUUGGGGCGAAUAUCAUCCCUUUCGGAGGACCUUUUUUUGUAAGCGGUGAUGAUGAUGAUGAUGAUGAUGAGAUUCAGCUGUGCGUGGCUGGUACAGGGGCUUACGACAUUUCCCCUUGGGCGCAGACGGAGUACAGGGAAAGCGUGUUUGAUUCGAGCAAGGCCUCUUGGUUUCCUAUAUCAUCGUUCGCUCGGGAUUUCAGGUACGAAGUACGGCGUUUUAUGGAGAACGAUGUGGUUUAUAACGAGGAGCGUCGCCAUCUUCAGGUGGUGCACUUGCAAACGGCGGUAGAAAAGGACACGUGGAUUGCGUACAUGCUUUUGGAUGUGGCUGAAUGUAAUCUCGAGGAUUAUAGGAAGGAAGUUGUGGGGGGAGAAGGUCAUGAGAAGAAGAAGUGCCUGUUGAAUGCUAGCCUUGUGAAGUCAUUCAAGUUCAAGCUUGACAAAGAGCCGUGCUGGGAGGCUCCGUUGCUUUCAUAUUUCAUCGUUUAUGGCAUAAUCGAUAUACUUUUCGUGGGAAAGCUGAAAUCACCUGUAGUUCUCAACACACCAGGAAGGCCUAAUGAAUCUACCUACUCAUAA